AUGAGCUCCAAACGCAGUGAGCGAUCAUUUCAUUUAAAAGAAACAAUGGAUGGAGAGAUCAAAUCAUUAAAAUCGGCCAAAAGUAGCAUGAACAGAUUUCCCAAAAAAGACUCAUUGGUGAUUUCUGUCCUUUCGCUGGUUCUCUUUGCACUGAUGUUUGUGAGGAUUGAGGUUGUUCAUAGGAGGGCAGAGGUGACGGAAGCAAAACUUGAAAAACGCAUUCAGCGAAUCGAAGACGAAAUGCAAGAGAAAGUGCUGACUAUUGUGAAGGGAUUGUGUCUCCUUAAGUUUCUAAUGAGGAACUCGAUAGGUCUCUUAAAGGUUUUUACUAAGAAUAUUGUAUGAUGUGUAAACGCAUUGCUUGUGUUCUUUGUGGCCAACGGCCAUGCAAAGCGAGGUUUACUAUCACAUGCACGUCGCGCGUGGAUCGCGCAUGGACCUUUCAAAGCGUGCUUGGAUCCGCGUUUUGGCUAUAAACCAAGUUGAUGCUUGCAGUGCCCUAAUUAUAUAGCAACAGAACUGAAAAAAAACCCCUUGGUCUGGUUGAUGUUUCGGCGUUGAGUUUCGAAACCACGAAUACUUAAUUAGUUGCAAAAUUAAAGGGCAAUACUCGAGGUAAACGAAUGUUUGUAUUGCGUCUCACUUCGUAGACGAGUUUGUUUCUGUCUGCGGUCUGAGUCUCAGUUCGCCUCUUUACCAUACGGACCUUGUUUAUUUCUCUGAGAUGACUGAGUAAAGUCACGUUACAACCAGGUACAAUGAACUUGACGUUCUUCCGCGCCCCAACCUUUGGCCGCUACAUUGCGACUCACUUAAGCUAAAACAAAUCACAGACUUGCCGAGCGUCUCCAAAUACAAUAGCAGACUUCAUUCUAAAUAACAUAACUGUAGUCGAACGAACCAAGUGCCAUGAUCAUGAUAUGUAGAGUAUAGAGGGGUAAUAAACAAUAAUAAAUUAAGAAUGAUAAAAUAACUUACAAACCUAAAAAAUAUCAGCCAACAACGAAAAGUACAAAAUAGACGACAAUAGGAAAUUUCCAAAGAUGUAUUAAUUUAACCACGCAUGCGCGGAGAAAGAAGAACUUAUGCGAAAAUUAAACGCAAAACUUAAUUGAUAUACGGUGUGCCGAAAGAGAAUCUAAGGUGAAAAAGAAAACACAUUCACACGCAAAAGCAAACAAACAAAGAUGCGCCAAUAGUAAAGCAACAGCCAUAAUAGGAAUAGAGUAAUUUUCUGUCGCUUUCAAUUAACCAGUUGCUAUUUUGCAUUUUCAGCCAUUUCUCAAGAAACCGUAGAACGUGCUGUAGAUCAGGAUCGACGAAAAAGGAGAAAUGUUGCCCCUACGCCUGGUGUUAUAUCUUUACAGCAACUCCGCCAGGAAAUCAACAGGAAAAUUACUCAAGCGUGCGCCACCACUGAUAAGAUCUGUCAGACAGGUCAACAGGGACCCCAGGGAGUACCGGGUGCUCCUGGGUACCCUGGAUACAAGGGAGAAAAAGGAGCACCUGGGAAAACUGGCCCUCUUGGUCCUAAAGGACUAACAGGAGCUCAAGGCGUCAGGGGGAAACUAGGGCCUACGGGACUGCAGAGAGUCAAGGGCGAAAAAGGUGAAGUAGGGGCUGUUGGUUCUCCUGGGGAAAAAGGAGACACUGGACCUAUGGGCCCUACAGGUUUCAAAGGAUCCACUGGAUUAAAAGGGAGCAAAGGAAACAGGGGCUCUACUGGUAUUCAAGGACCAAAAGGAGAAUGUGUUGUCCCUCCCAAGAUAGUUUUUUUUUCCCGAAUCUCAGUAUGUGUUUGCGAAUAA